CUUCCAGCUUCCGGUUGGAGUGUGUAUGGAUACAUGACACAGUUGUUUGGGAGAGGAAUAUCUUCAGGAGAGUCGUUUACAAAACUAACAGCGGGAUUAAAACACUUCACUGGCGGACACGGCCGCGAUGGAGGCGGUCCCCCGCAUGCCGAUGAUCUGGCUGGAUCUGAAGGAGGCUGGGGAGUUCCAGUUCAACCCGUCCGUGAGGCAGUUCAUCUUGAAGAAUUAUGGGGAGAAUCCAGACAACUACAAUGAACAGAUGAAGAAACUGGAGACUCUGCGGCAGAGCGCCGUGAACGUGACCAGGGACUUCGAGGGCUGCAGCACUCUGAGGAAGUACUUCGGCCAGCUGCACUACCUCCAGAGCCGCGUGCCCAUGGGAGCCGGCCAGGAGGCCGCCGUGCCCAUCUCAUGGACGGAAAUCUUCUCGGGGAAAACCGUCACACAUGACGAUAUCAGCUACGAGCAGGCCUGCAUCCUCUACAAUCUGGGAGCGCUGCACUCCAUGCUGGGAGCCAUGGACAACAGGGUGUCUGAGGAGGGAAUGAAGGUGUCCUGCACUCACUUCCAGUGCUCGGCCGGGGCGUUCUCCUACCUGAGAGACCAUUUCAGCCACAGCUUCAGCGUCGACAUGAGCCAUCAGAUCCUCAACCUCAACAUCAACCUGAUGCUGGGCCAGGCCCAGGAGUGUCUUCUGGAGAAAUCCAUGUUGGACAACAGGAAGAGCUUCCUGGUGGCUCGUAUCAGCGCUCAGGUGGUGGAUUACUAUAAAGAGGCCUGCAGGGCGCUGGAGAACUCUGAGACGGCCUCCAUGCUGGGAAAGAUCCAGAAAGACUGGAAGAAGCUGGUCCAGAUGAAGAUCUACUACUUCGCUGCUAUUGCACACCUUCACAUGGGAAAACAGGCGGAGGAGCAGCAGAAGUACGGAGAGCGGUUGGCCUACCUGCAGAGCUCUCUGGACAAACUCAACGAAGCCGUCAAGUUAGCCAAGGGUCAACCCGACAGCGUGCAGGAGGCCCUGAGGUUCACCAUGGACGUGAUCGGUGGAAAGUUUAAUUCAGCCAAGAAGGAUAACGACUUCAUCUACCACGAGACGGUUCCCUCUCUGGAGACUCUGGCCUCGGUCAAAGGCGCUCCGCUGGUCAAGGCUCUGCCGGUCAAUCCCACCGACCCCUCGGUCACCGGACCCGACCUCUUCUGUAAACUCGUGCCCAUGGCCGCUCACGAAGCCUCUUCGCUCUACAGUGAGGAGAAAGCUAAGCUGCUCAGGGACGUCAUGGCCAAGAUCGACAGCAAGAAUGAAACUCUGGAGCAGUUCAUGGACUCUCUGGGUUUGGAGCCGGAGUCCGUGGACAACCUGGACAUGUACAGCCACAUCCCCCCCGUCCUGAUGGAGAAGUGCGCGGCGCUGAGCGUGCGGCCCGACACGGUGAAGAGCCUCAUCCAGUCCAUGCAGGUGCUCUCGGGCGUCUUCACCGACGUGGAGUCUUCGCUGAAGGAGAUCAGAGACGUGCUGGAGGCGGACGAGGCCGGCGAGCGAGCCGUCCAGGAGGCCGGCGGCCCCGCCGCGGCCGACCUGCACCCGGCCGCCCAGAGCCAGGCGCUGGCCGAGAUCCGCAGGGACCUGGAGAAGUACAUGGAGGCUCACGAGAAGGCCAGCUUCACCAACACCGAGCUGCACCGGGCCAUGAACCUGCACAUCAGCAACCUGCGUCUGCUGGGCGGGCCGCUGGAGAGCCUGCAGGAGGCGCUGCCGCGGCCGCAGCUCAGCGAGGAGGAGGUAGCAGGCCUGCAGUGCAUGAAGCGGAUCCUGGGGAAGGUGCAGGAGAUGAGGGAGCAGAGAAGCUCUCUGGAGAAGCAGCUCCGGGACCUGAUCCAGCAGGACGACAUCACCUCCACCCUCGUCACCACCGAGCGAGCCGACAUGAAGCGGAUAUUCGAAGAGCAGCUGAAGAAGUAUGAGCAGGUGAAGGUGUACAUCGACCAGAACCUGGCGGCGCAGGAGAACAUCCUGAAGGCCCUGACCGAGGCCAACGUGCAGUACGCCUCGGUGCGGAAGGGCCUGAGCCAGACGGAGCAGCAGUGGAACGGCACGGUGCAGGGCCUGGUGGGAUCCUACGAGGCCUACGAGGACCUGAUGAAGAAGUCGCAGGAGGGGAAGGAGUUUUACGACGACCUGGAGGCGAAGGCGUCCCGACUGCUGGAGAGAGCCAAGACGCUGUGUCAGACCAGGGAGGAGGAGCGGAAACCCAUCCUGGAAAAGUAAGGACGACAUUAUCACGCU